GGAGCGCAGUCGCAGGUUAUCCAUCGCCCGGUGCAAAGAUCUACCUUCACUCUGCCGUCUGGGAUCAUCCUUUAUAUAGACGGGAGACUCAACAACACCACUUUUGCUCAACGCGGAUCCCGAUUGUUUUCGUUUUCCUCUUUUGUGUUUUUUUUUUUCACCGCCCUGAUCAGGCUUAUCCACCCUGUGUUUUGUAAAGCCAAUUGUUAGUGCGCAUCAUCGCAGGAGCCAACAGGAGCUUUGCCACUGUUCAAUAGGAGACUGCGGGCUGCUGGAGCGUCAUGACAGCUGAGAAGAGCGGGCCCGUUAUAAACGGUAAACCAGAAGAUGGAAGAGACCCGGAAGGGUCCAGCUCCAGUAUAGAGAAGGGGCCGUACAAUGAGAGGGGCCAGUGGAACAACAAGAUUGAGUUUUUCCUGUCUGUGGCUGGAGAGAUCAUCGGGCUGGGCAACGUCUGGAGGUUUCCUUACCUCUGCUACAAGAAUGGAGGAGGUGCGUUCUUCGUUCCAUAUGUCAUCUUCUUUGUGUGCUGCGGUAUCCCUGUGUUUUUCCUGGAAACUGCCCUGGGUCAGUUCACCACUGAGGGAGGCAUCACUUGCUGGAGGAAAGUGUGCCCGCUGUUUGAGGGUAUUGGAUAUGCAACGCAGGUGAUUGAAGCUCAUCUAAACGUGUACUAUGUAGUGAUCCUUGCCUGGGCCAUCUUCUACCUCUUCAACUGCUUCACCACCGAGCUGCCUUGGGCGGCCUGCGGUCACUACUGGAACACAGAGAACUGUGUGGACAGCUAUGGAGAAAAUGCCACCAACAUUACAAACCCCAAUUCAACCUCUCCAGUCAUUGAGUUCUGGGAACGCAGAGUUCUGAAAAUAUCAGAUGGUAUUGAGCACCUGGGGGGAAUGCGCUGGGAGCUGGCCAUGUGUCUGGCCCUGGCCUGGUUCAUCUGCUACUUCUGCAUCUGGAAGGGACCCAAGUCAACUGGCAAGGUUGUGUAUGUGACAGCUACCUUUCCUUACGCCAUGCUGUUGGUCCUGCUGGUCAGAGGAGUGACCCUGCCAGGAGCGUGGGAGGGCAUCAAAUUCUACCUCUACCCGGACAUGUCCCGUCUCUCUGACCCUCAGGUAUGGGUAGAUGCAGGAACCCAAAUCUUUUUCUCGUAUGCCAUCUGCUUGGGUUGUCUCACUGCUCUGGGAAGUUACAAUUCCUAUAACAAUAACUGCUACAGGGACUGCCUCAUGCUGUGUUGUUUAAACAGCGGCACCAGUUUUGUAGCAGGUUUUGCUAUCUUCUCCGUGCUGGGCUUCAUGGCCUAUGAACAAAAUGUUCCCAUCGAGGCUGUGGCAGAAUCUGGUCCUGGUCUCGCAUUCAUUGCAUACCCCAAGGCUGUUACUAUGAUGCCUCUGUCUCCGCUUUGGGCCUGUCUCUUCUUCAUGAUGCUCAUCUUCCUCGGUCUGGACAGUCAGUUUGUGUGUGUCGAGAGUUUAGUGACAGCUGUGGUGGACAUGUACCCAGACACCUUCAGGAGAGGCUAUCGCAGAGAGUAUCUGAUUCUCGGCAUGUCUAUCGUCUCCUUCUUCAUAGGACUCAUAAUGUGUACCGAGGGCGGAAUGUACGUCUUCCAGCUGUUUGACUCGUACGCUGCCAGCGGGAUGUGUUUGCUGUUUGUGGCCAUAUUUGAGUCCAUAUGUAUCGGCUGGGUGUAUGGUAGCGACAGAUUCUACCUCAAUAUUGAGGACAUGAUUGGCUACAAGCCCGUCUUCUUCAUCAAAUGGUGUUGGAUGAUCCUGACCCCGGGCAUCUGCGCUGGCAUUUUCCUGUUCUUCCUGAUUAAAUACAAACCGUUGAAGUACAACAAUGUGUACACCUAUCCUGACUGGGGCUAUGGUAUCGGCUGGUUCAUGGCCAUGUCUUCGAUGGUCUGCAUCCCUCUGGGGAUGAUCUGGAAGAUCUGGACGACUCCUGGCACCUUUUCUGAGAGAAUGAAGAAGUUGACGACUCCCAGCCCCGACCUGAAAAUGAGAGGGAAGCUCAACGCCCUCAGCCCUUAUGCUGCCAACGAUGCAAAACUCAAGGUUGAUGCGAAAAUAUCUACCAUCUCAGAGAAAGAGACGCAUUUCUAACCGACCGCAUGACCAACCGACCAAGCUGCCUGCCGUCUCCACAAUAGACCAACAAAUGGAAAGUACAGCAAACAACAACAACAUCUACCGCUACACAAAACAGGAAAUGUAACAAAUGAUUUGGAUUGUUAUUUUGUUUUGUAAAAAAAAACAAGGGUAAAAACGGAGGGCUUUCACAUGAUUUGUAGUCUGUUUCUGUUUUGCACAAACUUUGUUAACACAUUUUGUUUUUGUUGUUUCAGUUAACAUUGUGUGACUAAAUCUGCUGUUUCUUUCUUUUCUAACAUUAAUGUUUUAAAACCAGUCAAUACUGGUCACAGUUUGGGCCAAUGUGCUGUGUUGUGAAAGACUUACACUGUACAUUUACUGGCAAGGUGCUGUGCCUCUCUAUUAGGUACUAGGUACCUGAAUGUGAUUAUCUAAAAUGUAGCAGCUUGGGGACCUUUCAGCACAGUUUGUGUGUGUUAAGAGGAUACUGCAGUUUGUGUUUGUUCUGGGGACAUGUUCCCUGAAUAUCCCAACAGUAUCUUUGAGUUUUUAAACAGUUUUUAAUCUGAACCAGCCGUGACCCUGAAGGUUUUUAAGGGCUUUAGUAAUUCUAAUUUACUUGCAUUCAAUACUGUUGCUAUGCAACAUAGGCACAAAUUCUGCUCACUGGCUGUAAUUGAAUAAUAUUAUUAGGGUAUUGAUCAUCACAGUAGGAUUUAUUAUGUCCUUGAGGCCUUUGCUUAUUUCUAUGGCACCGCUCUUUAUGAAUAGACGUUUCUGCUCAGGACGUUUAUAUUGAAGGGCAAAUAACAAGUGAAACCUGUAAAACCAUUUACAUUUUUCUUGUUUUGAGUUACAAAUCUUCUCAUGGCUAGGAAUGGUGAGUGACUUGCAGGCUGAGUCUAAAAACACACCCUUCUCUCCUCUAGCUGCCCUCUUAUAAGUCGUGGGUAUCUGUCAUUUCACAGCAAUUACGCUGAGCCUAACACAGAGUGACAGACGUUCUUCCACCCCUGCAUUUUUAUUUCCUGUUCCGCCUGUAAAAGAGAAGAUGAAUGCCCAUAAAAUGAGCAUUUCAAAACCCAUCUGUCUUCUUAUCUCCCCACUCUUUUUAUUCUUUCCCCUUCUCUCUUUUCUCCUGCUGUCCUUCUUUCUCAUCCUUAUCCUCUGCUUGUCCGCCCAUUUCAAUGUUUUUCCGCUUCUGUCUUUAGCGUCUCUUCUUUUGCGUCUUAGCAAAGACCCGGCCCUUGUAUGAAACUGUGACACUGCUGAAUGCUUUGUAUUUCUUCUUCCACUGAAAAAAAUAGAUAUAUUUCAGUUGUACUGUCAGAGCCACUGCGGGGGGUGAACACCCAGUCUGUUCCUGUCAUCCAUUUAAUUGCGGUUAGAGUCAAUGAGCUGGUCUCAUUGUUCGGAUCAAUCUCAGUCCAUCUCAGCCUCAUCCAAUGACUUGUCCUACCUCCCUCUCUUUGCUUUGUCCAACUUUCUCAUCUCCUCUUCUCUCUUCCCUGUGUCCUUUGUUUCCUGAUAAAAAUGCAUCAAGAAGAAAGCAGCUGAGGGGAUGAAACUCAAAUUUCUCUCUUUACAGUUUUUCAGGAGGAGGCAAAGAAAGCAGGGAAAGAAAUUAGGAAUUGAUGAGCUGAGUAAGUGUGUGAUCGAGUAAGUAAAGCGAGAAUAGAGGAAGUGUUAGGAGACUGAAGCCCCUCCUGUCUAAGCUGUGCCAUCCUCUUAAACAUGUGAUUGGUCCCGCUCGUUUGAUUGCAUUAUGACAUUUCCAUCUCCUCACUGAUGUUUGUGCAAGUUACUAGUUGUGUGCUUUGGAUUUAUAGCCUGCUGUUUAACCCUGAUCAUGUUGAUGCACAUUUUUACAUCUCAUUCUAAAAAUCAGUGGUCUAUUUCUUGACAUGAAUGAUGUUUUAAAAGAAUUGCUAUAUUAAAAAGAAUAUGAUCUUUGUUUUGACUUUGGUAUGUCACUCAAAUUAUCUUGUUAUAGAAAUAUAAUGAAAGGUGUUAUUGUUCUGUACUAUUCUACACACAUUUUGGUAUUCACAGGACAUGUGAAUUGUCUGCUUACUCAUUUUUAAGAAUAAAUAUACAGGAAAAGUGA